CACAAAUUUCCUCAAUAUGUGGCCUUUUUCGGAACGGCGUGUCCCUCCCUUCAAGUUCCGUCGGAGAACUCUUUGAAGAAGGUUCAAUACCCGAUCCUAUCUACGCACUCUCGAGGACGCUGAUCCUUUGUUCAAAAACAUGACAACUCUCUCCAAGUACAGGCUAUAUCUCAUGGACCUGCCCUUUGAGAUCCGACUGCAUGUAUAUCAGGACGUUUUAGACGCAAGCAGGAUCCAUAAGCCUCGCUUGAUGAUCUACUGCGGAUGGUGCUAUAAUUUGACAUCUACCUGUUCUCAAGUUCGUUACGAAUUCCUUUCCUUGAUAGUCGGGAACAGAAUGUAUCACAAGAAUGUCGAGAUGUUCUCAGACUGGGCUAGAAGCAGCCCAUUAGCUAUGCAAAAAAUCGUUCAAAGUUUGGGGUUCACAUUCUCUCGUGCCUUCUACAAAAUCGCGGACAAAUUGCCUAGACAUCUAGCAGGCUCUUGCGAUUUACAUCCCCAGCUCAAAGUCAUCUUGGAAAGAAGACACGUGCAAAGUACUAUGCUACUACUUCACAACGAUUCAGAAUCUCAACUUGCUUUGGAAGAGAUCGCUUCAUUCUGGGAAGCUCUUCACCUCUUUCCAAAUGUUCAGAAGAUUUGGGUUCAUGCCAGCGACCUCGAUGACUAUUCGUCCAAUCCACCAACUUUACGAUACGAGAAUCAAGCAAACCUGAUCAUGGAGAUCAUAUCAUUUGCGUUUCCCCAUGUCCUGAGUUAUGAGGCCCACGUUGAUCUAUUACCCUUGUCUCAGCUCAAAAGAUUUCCUGAACUCCGACAUUUGCACUUCUCAGGGUACUCUAAGACUUCUCCGGAAGACGCCCUAUCAAUCCUGCAGUCGCUGAAACAUCUUGACAGCAUCACUAUCUACCAAUUCACAGAAGAGCCUCCUCAAUCACUUUGGUCCGCACCUAAUUUGAUGCCUCUUCAUUCCCAGCACCUGGUUAUGACACCUGAGAUCAUUGCUCAACUGAAUCCUCUGAGAGAUGUCAUAAUCACUUCCGACACAGAUACUAUCCACACAUCCCGGUGGCAUGUGGUCCCGCUUACCAAAUUAAUGAUGGAGGCUUUGCUCGCGCAUUCUCAAUCACUUCGAAGUUUGAAGAUCACACAAAGAUACACCAAUCCACAACUUGAGAGCGAUGUUCUCCAGAUCCUCGAUUUCGCCCACGGCUCCCCCAUUCCUCACGUCUAUCUGGAUUUGACAUUACCGUCAUCCUUGGGACUUUCCAUAGAUCCCAAACACUUCCUUCCGCGGACAAUGGGGAAACGGAUGGAUGGGAGAACUAGUCCGGCAUACUUGAGAGUGGGAACUGGUAAAUAUAUUCCAUCGGAAAGAGAAUUAGAAUGGAGACAGAAAACGUACGCACCGAGGCCAGGUUCCUCAAUGCCAGUACAGGUCCCGGGUACGAGUAUUUAUCUGCCUCUCGAUUCUUUCAUGGAACACUCUGAGGCUUGGUAAGGGGAUACAUUAUGAACAACUGUUUUGGGCCUGUGGUAAACUUGCUGAAUGGAAUGAGUGAUGGAGAGUGUCUUUCCAUUUGCCCAAGCAUCGAACUUUCCUCUUCACCAUCUCAUUUUUCUAUAGCUGGUUGAUCCUUACUGCUAUUGAUUUUUGAUGGUUUUUCUUCUUUCAUGAUUUGGGAUUGGAGAUGGUGAUGAGUGGCAGGAUGGUUCUUUUUGGCGAGCAAAGUAAUGUCUCAUCCAUAACUCAUGUUCAUACUGCGAUGAUCUGUCACUGUCUAAACCUAAACCCAAAUCUUG